AUGGCUUCCAAUCCUCCAUUCCAAGUGAUGGAGGAUCAAACCGAUGAGGAUUUCUUCGACAAAUUAGUCGACGAUGAUUUCGGACCUACUAGCUCCGAUGCCGCUCAGGUGAGCAAAUUUUCUGAGGGGAGUGAUUCCGAUGAGGCCAAGGCGUUUGCUAAUCUGAGCAUUGAGGACGUCAACGGUGGCGGCGAGGACGGUGGAGUUGUGGAGGAGGAGGUGAGAGAUGAUGGGAAUUCGGGGGAUGUGCCUGCUGGAAUUUCUGGGUCUCCGACGGAGGAGAGUGAUGCACUGAACUCCUCUGGGUCUGGCAAUGCAGUGGAUUCUAGUAAUGAUGGGUUGAAAUCGAAGGUUGCACCUGAUCUAGAUCCAAUGACUGAUGUUGGAUCCACGAAGUCAGGGGCUAAGGAGGUGGGUUGGGGUUCAUUGUAUGCUGGUUCAGCACCAAAUGGAAAUAAUGAGUUUGGUUCGUGCUCUGAUUUUUUCAGUGAGUUGGAGGGGCAUUCUGAUGAUUCUAUUGCAAAAGUUGGUGGAAGCACGAAUAUAGAAACUAAUGCAGUUGGGGAAAUCGGGAAUUUUGUUAGUUAUUUGCAGGAAAACGUAAACAGGCAGGAUGUUAAUAGCACUCAGUACUGGGAAAGUAUGUAUCCUGGGUGGAAAUAUGAUAUGAACACUGGGCAGUGGUACCAAGUAGAUAGUUGUGGUGCAACAGUAGGUCUCCAAGAGAGCUACAAUGCUAAUUCGGGAAGUGAAUGGCCGGGUGCUGCUGAUGGUAAAGGAGAGGUUAAUUUCUUGCAGCAGAGCUCACAUUCUGUUGCUGCGACUGUGGCUGAUACAAAGGUUUCUCAUUGGUAG